GUUUUAAAACGAUAUUAAUUUAAUAUUUCAAUCAUUGGUUUGUAUUUAUUGUUUGUUUGUAUCAAUUGUUGUGACAUUUGUUUCAAUCAAAACCAUUGAUUGAUUGAUUGUCAGACAAAAACUGUUGCUUUGAUUGGUGUUUGUCUUCUUCAUCAUUGAGACCAACGUUAAGAGUAAACGAAUGGGUAGUUCACGCAAACACAAGAAACAUAAAGACAAGGAUAAAGACAAAGACAAGAAUCGGAGUGAGUCGUCGUCAGCCGUGGACAGCAAUGCCGGCGAACAGAAACCUCUUCGUCUGGUUCUUAAAGUUCCGACGGCUUACUCGCAACAGUCGAGUCCGAACCAUAAUAACAGUUCAACGACUGCACCGCUGUUAGCGCCGACACUUGAGCCGCAGGUCGAUGUCGAUGAUAACGAGAGUCCGCCAAAACUAAUGGCGUUUAGCGGUCUGUCGCCGCAAACGAGCCAAUCGUCGUCAAAGAAACUAAAGAAGAAGAAGUCUAAGAAGAAACACCGAAAACAUUCACACCAUUCGUCGGGACAUCACUCGCGACACAGACAUCGAUCACAUCGACACCGACAUCACGGAUCUUGUUCUCAUCAUUUAAGACAAUCGCAAGACUCGACACAAUCACUUCCUGCACCGAUAGCUACGAGCUCUAAGUCGCCGCAAAAAAACGUAAGUUCGUCGUCGUCGAAGAGUUCGUCAAAAACACAGUUCCAGCAAUUUCUGUCGCAUUUGUAUAAACAAUUGCAACGAAAAGACAUCCAACAGUUCUUCGCGUGGCCGGUCAGUGAUAUGAUAGCACCGGGAUAUUCAUCUAUUAUAUCACAACCAAUGGAUUUGAGUACAUUAAAGAAGAAAGUCGAUAACAAUGAAUACGAGACAUUACUUGACUUUAAGGCCGACGUCAAACUGAUUUGCGAUAAUUGCCAGAAAUAUAACAGACCCGAAACGGUCUACUAUAAGGCGGCCACCAAACUAUGGCAUUACACCAGAAACAAACUGCUCAACAAAGAGUCGCUCAUAGAUCUUAUGAGAAGCUAUCCGGGACUAAGCAGUUAUGAAUUGGGUUUUCAUUUUGAAGACCCGAAUAAUUCACUGAUAAUGUCAGAAAUAGAUGGCAAUCGAAGUUACGAUAUGAACACAUUGAAUGCGAUGACAGUUGGCGAGACGUUGCCACUGAUUGAAGAGCAACAGGAAUUGCAAGAGGCCGAAGAAAUGGAUGAGGACGGCAUGACUCCCGAACAGAUUCUCGAAGAGGCCAAGAAAGCGGCACAAAUGGCUGCCGAUAGGUUGAGUUUGAAGCGACCAAAUGGUGCCAAUCUUUCAUUUUUAAGACAACGAAACGAUGGAAGCACUACUCUAUCGAUUAUAGGCAACCAUAGUUACGAACAGAAUAUCAAUUUAGAGGCAUUAGUUGGCAAACUGGUUGAGGGAUCAGCAGCUUUGCCACCGUUUAAAGAGCACGAGUCGAAUAUUGUUAAACCAAUUGAGACUAUCAAUGAGAGUCCAUUUUGUUCAUAUUUACCACACUAUGACACAUCCAAAGCAACGUUGAAUGAAGAGGACAGCGCUUUAUUAUUGUCCACUUAUGGUGACGACGAGAUGGGCUUACAAUACGCUGAAAGUAUAACACAAUUCUCUCAAGAAACGGAUUAUGUCCUCAAUUUAGUCGACUCUUUGCUUGAUAUACUAACUCACGGACAACACCAGAAGAUUGCGAUCAAAUUACGAGAAAAACAAAAAACAUUGGAAAACGAGACUAACGUUAAUCAAUCAGUAAUUACUGAGACAUCAAUUGAUACAAAUCUAUCAGAAAUUGAUCUACAACUCAAUGAGACGGGCGGUAUCAUCGGUGAUCUUCAAUCACUACAAUAUCAAAGAUUAUCAUCGACAACAUUCCCUAUAAAACCGUCGGCUGAAGAAGAAAAAUUGGCCAAUCAGUUGACCACAAAAUUGACUGAUAUUAUAGGCACUCACUCCUAUCCUAAAGAGGUGACAGAUGUCGGAUCAUUGAGGAAAGCGAUGGGAAUUAAGAUUAAGACAGAAAAAUAAAAACAAUAACAAAAGCAUU